GUUUCUGUGCAAGAUGAACUAGUUCAAGUGCAGCCAAAGUUUAAAAGUAGUCUUCUUGAGGCUGUGGAAGUCUUUCGUGAGGAUGUAAUGAACUUUGCAGAAUCAUAUGAGACGGAAGGACCCAUGGUUCCAAAUAUUCCACCCCAAGAAGCUAGUAACAGGCUACAGAUAUUUCAGGCCAAUUUUGAUGAUCUGUGGAGGAAGUUUGUUACAUAUUCAUCCGGUGAACAACUUUUUGGAUUGCCUGUGACUGAUUAUGAGGUUUUACACAAAACUAGAAAAGAGCUCAACUUGCUGCAGAAGCUGUAUGGACUAUAUGAUACUGUAAUGAACAAUAUUAGUGGUUAUUAUGAAAUACUUUGGGGAGAUGUAGACAUUGAAAAAAUUAAUGCAGAACUGCAGGAAUUUCAAAACAGAUGUCGUAAACUCCCAAAAGGGCUUAAAGAUUGGCAAGCUUUUUUGGAUCUGAAAAAAAGAAUUGAUGAUUUCAGUGAGUCCUGUCCUCUGCUGGAAAUGAUGACCAAUAAGGCAAUGAAACAGAGACACUGGGACAGAAUCUCUGAGUUAACUGGAACCCCAUUUGAUGUGGAAUCUGAUUCUUUUUGUCUUAGAAAUAUUAUGGAAGCACCACUACUUAAACAUAAGGAUGACAUUGAGGAUAUUUGCAUAUCUGCCAUUAAGGAGAAGGAUAUUGAAGCCAAGCUGACUCAGGUGAUUGAAAAUUGGACCAACCAGAACCUGAGUUUUGCAGCAUUUAAGGGAAAGGGAGAGCUCCUUCUCAAAGGAACUGAAUCGGGAGAAAUUAUCACCUUGAUGGAGGAUAGUUUAAUGGUCUUAGGUUCCUUACUAAGCAACAGAUAUAAUGCUCCAUUUAAAAAAACUAUCCAGAAUUGGGUGUAUAAAUUGUCUACUUCCUCAGAUAUAAUUGAAGAGUGGCUAGUAGUCCAGAACCUUUGGGUUUAUCUUGAAGCUGUCUUUGUAGGUGGAGAUAUUGCCAAACAGCUGCCUCAGGAAGCAAAGCGGUUUCAGAAUAUUGACAAGUCAUGGAUGAAGAUAAUGCAGCGAGCUCACGAGAACCCCAACGUGAUCAGUUGCUGUGUUGGAGAUGAAACCAUGGGGCAACUUUUACCUCAUUUGCACGAACAGUUGGAAGUAUGUCAGAAGUCACUCACAGGGUAUUUGGAGAAGAAGAGAUUACUGUUUCCAAGAUUCUUCUUUGUAUCUGAUCCAGUUCUCCUGGAAAUUCUUGGACAAGCCAGUGACUCCCACACCAUACAGCCACAUCUCCCUGCAGUAUCUGACAACAUAAAUGAGGUGACAUUUCACGCAAAAGACUACGAUCAUAUCCUGGCCGUCGUAUCAAGAGAAGGAGAAAAAAUUAUUUUGGAUGGUCCUAUUAUGGCCAAAGGUCCUGUGGAGAUUUGGCUUAUGGAUUUGUUAAAAAUGCAGAUGUCGUCCCUACAUAAUAUAAUUAGAUCUGCAUUCUACCAAAUCAGCGAUUCAGGAUUUCAACUCUUACCUUUCCUCAAUCACUUCCCAGCACAGGUGGGGCUUCUGGGAAUUCAGAUGUUGUGGACACAUGAUUCAGAAGAGGCUUUAAAUAAUGCAAAAGAUGACAGGAAAAUCAUGCACAUAACCAAUCAGAAAUUUUUGGAUAUUCUAAAUACUCUAAUUAGUCAGACAACACAUGACCUAAGCAAGUUUGAUAGAGUGAAGUUUGAAACUCUGAUUACCAUCCAUGUGCAUCAGAGAGAUAUUUUUGAUGACUUGGUAAAAAUGCAUAUCAAAUCAGUUACUGACUUUGAAUGGCUAAAACAGAGUAGAUUUUAUUUUAAGGAAGAUUUGGAUCAAACUGUGGUGUCUAUUACAGAUGUGGAUUUUAUUUACCAGAAUGAAUUUCUGGGAUGCACUGACCGUCUUGUCAUCACUCCAUUAACAGAUAGAUGCUAUAUCACUUUAGCGCAGGCUUUGGGAAUGAACAUGGGAGGUGCUCCAGCAGGACCUGCGGGCACUGGCAAAACAGAAACUACGAAAGACAUGGGAAGAUGUUUGGGGAAAUACGUGGUCGUGUUUAACUGCUCAGAUCAAAUGGAUUUCCGAGGGCUAGGACGGAUUUUUAAAGGUCUUGCACAGUCUGGUUCUUGGGGCUGUUUUGAUGAGUUUAACAGAAUUGAAUUGCCUGUAUUAUCGGUGGCAGCCCAACAGAUUUAUAUUGUUUUGACAGCAAGAAAAGAGAGAAAAAAACAGUUCAUUUUUUCUGAUGGUGAUUGUGUUGAUUUGAAUCCAGAAUUUGGAAUCUUCCUAACAAUGAACCCUGGAUAUGCUGGGCGCCAGGAACUACCAGAAAACUUAAAAAUUCAGUUUAGAACUGUUGCUAUGAUGGUUCCUGAUAGACAGAUCAUUAUGCGAGUUAAACUUGCAAGCUGUGGUUUUCUUGAAAAUGUUAUCUUGGCUCAAAAGUUUUAUGUUCUUUAUAAACUCUGUGAAGAGCAACUUACCAAACAGGUUCAUUAUGACUUUGGGUUGAGAAAUAUUCUAUCUGUUUUGAGGACACUUGGAGCUCAAAAAAGAGCCAGACCAGAAGACAGUGAGCUAAGCACUGUCAUGAGAGGACUGAGAGACAUGAACCUUUCCAAGCUGGUUGACGAAGAUGAACCCCUGUUCCUCAGCUUAAUCAAUGACCUGUUUCCAGGAUUACAACUGGAUAGUAGUACCCACGUGGAGCUGCAGGCUGCCGUAGCCAACCAGGUUCAAAUAGAAGGUUUGAUUAACCACCCACCCUGGAAUCUCAAACUUGUGCAGUUAUACGAGACAUCUCUGGUCCGUCAUGGUUUGAUGACUCUGGGGCCCAGUGGUUCUGGGAAGACAACUGUCAUAACAAUCCUGAUGAAGGCAUUAACUGAGUGCGGGAGGCCUCAUAGAGAGAUGCGAAUGAAUCCCAAAGCAAUUACUGCGCCUCAGAUGUUUGGCAGACUGGACACCGCUACUAAUGACUGGACAGAUGGGAUUUUUUCUACUCUGUGGAGAAAAACGUUAAAAGCUAAAAAAGGUGAAAACAUUUUCCUCAUUUUAGAUGGCCCUGUGGAUGCCAUUUGGAUCGAGAACUUAAAUUCUGUGCUGGACGACAAUAAAACCCUCACACUAGCUAACGGAGAUCGCAUCCCCAUGGCCCCGAGUUGUAAGCUUCUAUUCGAGGUGCACAAUAUUGAGAACGCUUCUCCCGCCACGGUUUCCAGGAUGGGCAUGGUCUAUAUUAGCAGCUCCGCACUCAGUUGGAGGGCAAUAUUGCAGGCGUGGCUGAAGAAGCGCACUGCACAGGAGGCGACUGUAUUCCUCACUCUGUACGAUAAAAUAUUUGAAGAUACAUAUACGUAUAUGAAACUAAACCUCAAUCCAAAAAUGCAGCUCCUGGAGUGCAACUAUAUCAUGCAGUCUCUCAAUCUACUGGAAGGUUUAAUUCCCUCCAAAGAAGAAGGUGGUGUUUCAUGUGUCGAACAUCUUCAUAAAUUAUUUGUGUUUGGCCUAAUGUGGAGUUUAGGAGCCCUUUUGGAGCUGGAAAGCAGAGAAAAGCUUGAGGCCUUUAUACGAAAUCAUGAAAGCAAGUUAGACUUACCAGAAAUACCUAAAGGCACGAGUCAGACCAUGUAUGAGUUUUAUGUUACUGAUUAUGGAGAUUGGGAACACUGGAAUAAGAAACUUCAGCCAUAUUAUUAUCCAACUGACAGUAUUCCAGAAUAUUCAUCCAUUUUGGUUCCAAAUGUUGACAAUAUUAGAACAAAUUUUUUGAUAGACACCAUUGCAAAACAACAGAAAGCCGUUUUGCUCACAGGAGAGCAGGGAACAGCCAAAACUGUAAUGGUUAAGGCCUAUUUGAAAAAAUAUGAUCCUGAAGUACAGUUAUCCAAAAGUCUAAACUUUUCAUCUGCCACAGAACCCAUAAUGUUUCAGAGAACAAUGGAAAGCUACGUGGAUAAGCGAAUGGGAAGCACAUAUGGGCCACCAGGAGGCAGAAAAAUGACGGUAUUUAUUGAUGAUAUUAAUAUGCCUCUGAUUAAUGAAUGGGGAGAUCAGAUAACUAACGAGAUUGUGCGACAAAUGAUGGAAAUGGAAGGAAUGUAUAGCUUGGAUAAGCCUGGAGACUUCACUACUAUUGUUGAUGUGCAGAUCAUAGCAGCAAUGAUCCACCCUGGAGGUGGUCGAAAUGAUAUUCCCCAACGUUUAAAAAGACAGUUUACUGUGUUUAAUUGCACAUUGCCUUCAAAUGCUUCAAUAGACAAAAUUUUUGGACUUAUUGGCUGUGGGUACUUUGAUCCUUGCAGAAAGUUCAAACUUGAAGUAUGUGAGAUGAUUGCAAAUUUAGUUUCAGCAGGCAGAGUGCUGUGGCAGUGGACGAAGGUGAAGAUGCUGCCAACUCCUUCUAAAUUUCAUUACAUUUUCAAUCUUCGAGAUCUUUCCAGAAUUUGGCAAGGAAUGUUAACCAUAAAAGCCGAGGAGUGUGAUUCGAUAUCUGUUCUCCUAUCACUUUUCAAACACGAGUGCAACAGAGUAAUUGCAGACAGAUUUAUAACUCCUGAAGAUGAGCAAUGGUUUAAUAUCCAUCUUGUUCGAGCAGUUGAAGAGAAUAUUAACCCAGAUGUGACUUCAUAUAUUCUUCCUGAACCAUACUUUGUAGAUUUUCUCCGUGAGAUACCCGAACCAACCGGUGACGAACCUGAGGAUACUGUGUUUGAAGUGCCCAAAACUUAUGAACUGGUCCCAUCCUUUGACUUUCUGUCUGAAAAACUCCAGUUCUACCAGAGACAGUUCAAUGAAAUCAUUAGAGGAACAUCUCUUGAUCUAGUGUUUUUUAAAGAUGCAAUGACUCAUCUUAUUAAGAUUUCACGAAUAAUUCGAACAUCAUGUGGAAAUGCGUUGCUGGUGGGUGUCGGUGGUUCAGGAAAACAAAGUCUUUCGAGAUUGGCCUCUUUUAUAGCUGGAUAUCAAAUAUUCCAGAUUACAUUAACCAGGUCUUAUAAUGUGAAUAAUCUAACAGAUGACUUAAAAGGUCUGUACAAAGUUGCUGGUGCUGAUGGAAAAGGUAUCACCUUCAUCUUUACUGACAAUGAAAUAAAGGAUGAGGCAUUUCUAGAAUAUCUUAACAACCUGUUAUCGUCAGGGGAGAUCUCCAAUCUGUUUGCACGAGAUGAGAUGGAUGAAAUCACCCAAGGUCUGAUAUCGGUGAUGAAAAAGGAGCUGCCUCGCCACCCUCCUACCUUUGAUAAUCUGUAUGAGUACUUCAUUUCAAGAUCAAGGAAGAACUUGCAUGUUGUUCUCUGCUUCUCUCCAGUUGGUGAGAAGUUCCGAGCCCGUUCUUUGAAGUUUCCUGGCUUGAUAUCAGGUUGCACCAUGGACUGGUUUAGUCGCUGGCCGAAGGAGGCCUUGAUUGCGGUGGCCUCCUAUUUCCUUUCAGGCUAUGGUAUUGUCUGCUCCAGUGACACUAAACGACAAGUCGUAGAAACAAUGGGCCUCUUCCAUGACAUGGUUUCCGAGAGCUGUGAAAAUUACUUCCAACGAUACCGCCGAAGAGCACAUGUGACUCCCAAGUCUUAUCUCUCAUUUAUAAAUGGUUAUAAAAACAUUUAUACUGAAAAGGUGAAACAUAUCAAUGAACAAGCUGAACGUAUGAAUAUUGGUCUUGACAAGCUUAUGGAGGCGAGUGAAUCUGUGGCUAAGCUCUCUCAGGAUCUUGCUGUAAAGGAGAAGGAGUUGGCGGUGGCUUCUGUAAAAGCAGAUGAAGUACUGGCAGAAGUCACGGUAAGUGCUCAGGCUUCAGCCAAAGUGAAAAACGAAGUGCAGGAGGUGAAAGACAAAGCCCAAAAAAUUGUGGAUGAAAUUGACAGUGAGAAAGUAAAAGCUGAGACCAAGCUGGAGGCGGCCAAACCUGCCCUUGAAGAAGCAGAGGCAGCCCUGAAUACUAUCAAACCAAAUGAUAUCGCCACAGUCAGGAAACUUGCAAAGCCCCCGCAUCUUAUUAUGAGAAUCAUGGACUGUGUCCUGCUACUAUUUCAAAAGAAAAUUGACCCAGUCACUAUGGAUCCAGAAAAACCUUGCUGCAAGCCUUCCUGGGGAGAGUCAUUAAAAUUGAUGAGUGCAGCAGGGUUCCUGUGGAGCCUUCAGCAGUUCCCCAAGGAUACUAUAAAUGAAGAGACUGUUGAGUUGCUCCAGCCAUAUUUUAACAUGGAUGAUUAUUCUUUGGAAAAUGCCAAAAAAGUCUGUGGGAAUGUGGCUGGUCUGCUGUCUUGGACCCUUGCUAUGGCAACAUUUUAUGGUAUCAAUAGAGAAGUGUUACCUCUGAAGGCUAACCUGGCCAAGCAGGAGGGCCGUCUGGCAGUUGCUAAUGCUGAGCUGGGGAAGGCACAGGCUCUGCUCGAUGAGAAACAAGGCGAGCUGGAUAAAGUACAAGCAAAAUUUGACGCAGCCAUGAAUGAGAAAUUGGAUUUGGUAAAUGAUGCGGAUAUGUGCUGGAAAAAGAUGCAGGCAGCUUCCACCCUCAUCGAUGGGCUGAGUGGAGAAAAGAUCCGAUGGACUCAGCAAAGCAAAGAGUUCAAAGCUCAGAUUAAUAGACUCGUGGGUGAUAUUCUGCUGUGCACCGGAUUCCUUUCCUACCUUGGUCCUUUCAAUCAGAUAUUUAGGAACUAUUUGCUUAAAGAUCAAUGGGAGAUAGAGCUGAGAGCUCGGAAGAUUCCUUUCACGGAAAACCUGAAUCUUAUUUCAAUGUUGGUGGAUCCUCCAACAAUUGGGGAGUGGGGGCUGCAGGGAUUACCAGGAGAUGACCUCUCAAUCCAGAAUGGCAUCAUUGUGACAAAGGCCACCAGGUACCCACUCCUCAUAGACCCACAGACUCAAGGCAAAACUUGGAUUAAAUCAAAGGAAAGAGAAAAUGACUUGCAAGUAACAUCUCUGAACCAUAAAUAUUUCCGCACACACUUGGAGGACAGCCUUUCCUUGGGCCGACCCCUUCUUAUUGAGGACAUUCGUGAAGAGCUGGAUCCAGCCCUGGAUAAUGUAUUAGAAAAGAAUUUCAUUAAAUCAGGCACCACAUUCAAGGUGAAAGUCGGUGAUAAAGAAUGUGAUAUCAUGGAUACAUUUAAACUUUAUAUUACUACGAAGUUACCCAACCCUGCCUUUACCCCUGAGAUCAAUGCUAAAACGUCAGUCAUUGAUUUUACCGUCACUAUGAAAGGACUUGAGAAUCAGUUAUUAAGGAGAGUGAUUUUAACUGAGAAACAGGAAUUAGAGUCUGAGAGAGUUAAACUUUUGGAGGAUGUGACUUUCAACAAACGGAAGAUGAAGGAACUUGAAGACAAUCUUCUCUACAAGUUAAGCGCCACAAAAGGUUCCUUGGUAGACGACGAAUCUCUCAUCGGUGUUCUCCGAAUCACCAAGCAGACAGCAGCUGAAGUAAGUGAAAAGCUGCAUGUGGCCGCAGAGACGGAGAUCAAAAUUAACACAGCUCAGGAGGAGUUCCGGCCUGCGGCCACCCGCGGAAGCAUCCUCUACUUUCUCAUCACAGAGAUGAGCAUGGUCAACAUCAUGUACCAGACCUCGCUCGCCCAGUUCUUAAAGUUAUUUGACCAGUCCAUGGCCAGAUCUGAGAAGUCUCCGCUACCUCAAAAGAGAAUUACAAAUAUUAUUGAGUAUCUGACAUAUGAAGUUUUUACAUACUCUGUGAGAGGCCUGUAUGAAAACCACAAAUUCCUCUUUGUACUCCUCAUGACCUUGAAGAUUGAUCUUCAGAGAGGAACAGUGAAGCACAGAGAGUUUCAGGCUCUCGUUAAAGGGGGAGCAGCUCUGGAUCUGAAAGCCUGCCCUCCCAAGCCGUUUCGCUGGAUCCUGGAUAUGACCUGGCUGAAUCUUGUAGAGCUGAGUAAACUUCCACAGUUUGCAGAAAUUAUGAACCAGAUAUCUCGUAAUGAGAAGGGAUGGAAAAGCUGGUUUGAUAAAGAUGCUCCAGAGGAAGAAAUUAUCCCUGAUGGAUAUAAUGAUUCACUGGAUACCUGCCACAAACUUUUACUUAUCAGGUCUUGGUGCCCAGACCGUACUGUUUUUCAAGCAAGAAAGUAUAUUGCAGAUUCUUUGGAGGAGAAGUACACAGAACCAGUUAUCUUAAAUCUGGAGAAAACUUGGGAAGAAAGUGAUACACGGACACCUUUGAUAUGUUUCCUGUCCAUGGGAUCUGAUCCCACAAUUCAAAUUGAUGCAUUGGCCAAGAAACUGAAGCUGGAAUGCAGAACUAUCUCAAUGGGACAAGGACAAGAGGUACAUGCUAGAAAGCUGAUUCAGAUGUCCAUGCAGCAGGGUGGCUGGGUAUUACUGCAAAAUUGUCACCUUGGCCUAGAAUUCAUGGAAGAAUUGCUAGAGACAUUAAUUACCACUGAAGCCAAUGAUGACUCCUUCCGAGUGUGGAUAACUACUGAGCCCCAUGAUCGAUUUCCAAUUACAUUGCUUCAGACUUCUCUCAAAUUCACUAAUGAGCCACCACAAGGUGUACGCGCAGGUUUGAAAAGAACAUUUGCCGGAAUUAAUCAAGACCUUCUGGAUAUCAGUAAUUUACCCAUGUGGAAGCCGAUGCUUUACACAGUAGCGUUUUUACACUCCACCGUGCAGGAGCGACGCAAAUUUGGUCCCUUAGGAUGGAAUAUUCCCUAUGAAUUCAAUUCUGCUGACUUUGCAGCCAGUGUCCAGUUCAUUCAGAAUCACCUUGAUGAAUGUGAUAUUAAAAAAGGUGUAUCAUGGAGUACUGUUCGGUACAUGAUUGGAGAAGUUCAAUAUGGAGGCCGAGUGACAGAUGACUUUGAUAAACGUCUACUUAAUUGCUUUGCUAGAGUCUGGUUCAGUGAGAAGAUGUUUGAACCAUCGUUCUGUUUUUAUACUGGAUAUAAAAUCCCCUUGUGCAAAACCCUGGAUCAGUAUUUUGAGUACAUCCAGUCACUGCCCUCCCUAGAUAACCCCGAAGUCUUUGGGCUACACCCUAAUGCUGAUAUCACGUAUCAGAGUAACACUGCUUCUGCUGUUCUUGAAACAAUUACCAACAUUCAACCCAAAGAGAGCGGAGGCGGUGUGGGAGAGACCCGGGAAGCCAUCGUUUAUAGAUUAUCUGAAGAUAUGCUGAGCAAAUUGCCUCCUGAUUACAUUCCUCAUGAGGUGAAAGCUCGUUUGGUAAAGAUGGGACAUCUUAAUUCAAUGAACAUAUUUCUUAGACAAGAAAUUGACAGAAUGCAAAAAGUCAUCUCAAUCCUUCGUAGUAGCCUGAGUGAUCUAAAAUUGGCCAUUGAAGGAACAAUCAUUAUGAGUGAGAAUUUGAGAGAUGCCCUGGACAACAUGUAUGAUGCUCGCAUACCUCAGAUCUGGAAAAGAGUGUCCUGGGAUUCAUCCACACUGGGCUUCUGGUUUACUGAACUUCUGGAAAGAAAUGCUCAGUUUUCUACUUGGAUAUUUGAAGGGAGGCCCAAUGUAUUUUGGAUGACUGGUUUCUUUAAUCCCCAAGGCUUCCUCACAGCAAUGAGGCAAGAAGUGACUCGUGCCCACAAAGGCUGGGCCCUGGACUCCGUGACCAUCCACAACGAAGUUCUGCGGCAGACCAAGGAGGAGAUUGCAUCGCCCCCUGUGGAAGGUGUAUAUAUUUAUGGGCUAUAUAUGGAUGGAGCCGCCUGGGACAGACGGAAUGGGAAGCUUACAGAACCCGCCCCCAAGGUGCUCUUCACGCAGCUGCCUGUGCUGCACAUCUUCGCCAUUAAUUCCACCGCACCCAAGGACCCCAAGCUGUAUGUGUGCCCUAUUUACAAGAAACCCAGGCGUACUGACUUGACCUUCAUCACUGUGGUGUAUUUGCGAACAGUUUUGUCCCCAGAUCACUGGAUCCUGAGAGGAGUGGCUCUUUUGUGUGACAUCAAGUAAAUUCAUUUCCACUUGCUGAGGGCACCGUAGCCAUGUAGCCAGCCAGUGCUAAUGAGAGCCGCGGUGAUGUGUGUCUUUUCUCCUGGGUAACUCCUGGAUUACUCUUUUUAAAUUAAAAAGUUGAUAUUCUACAAUCACGUGUGUGUGUGUGUGUUCCCUCAUGUCAAUAUUCAAAAAAAAAACCAGUUCUAAAGUAAUGCAGGAAAUCAUAUUCCAUUAUAAUUAUUUGUUUAGAUAAAGUCCCAUCUUCAUGUUAGAACAUUGGAAGGUUUGAAUUUUUUAAAAAUCUAAAACAAAGUAUUAAUUUCUUGUAUUCUAAAAGAGGCCUAAUAGAUGCGAGCUUUUCUCUCAAAUGAAAACCUCAUUUCCCUGGAAGAAAAUCUGCCCCUGU